AUUACUCCUCCACCAGGCAUGCCCCCUCCGCCUCCUGGUUUGCCACCACCGUCAGGGUUCAGUGGACCAUCAGGCUCACGCAUUCCACCUGAAGUACUUUCACAAAAAUCACAAAAAUGGGUUCAAAUGCAGAAAAAGAGAUACGGCGAAAAACGCAAAGGAGGGUUCGUCGACAUGGGAAAACAAGAUUUACCUCCCGAGCAUGUGCGAAAAAUCAUAAAGGACCAUGGUGAUAUGAGUAAUCGCAAGUUUCGCAAUGACAAGCGCGUUCAUCUUGGCGCGCUCAAAUACGUUCCUCAUGCGGUUAUGAAACUAUUGGAAAACAUUCCUUAUCCAUGGGAGCAGGUUCGCGAAGUCCCUGUGUUAUAUCACAUUACUGGUGCCAUCACCUUCGUAAACGAAAUCCCUCGUGUCAUUGAACCGGUUUAUCAUGCUCAAUGGAGCACCAUGUGGCUUGCAAUGCGACGUGAAAAGCGAGAUCGUAGGCACUUCAAGCGUAUGCGGUUCCCUCCCUUUGACGACGAGGAGCCGCCUUUGGAUUAUGGUGACAAUGUCUUGGAUGUCGAUCCUCUUGAAGCCAUUCAGUUGGAACUUGACGAAGAAGAGGAUGCUCCAAUACUUGACUGGUUCUAUGACCCUAAGCCUCUCAUCGACACCCCAUCUGUAAACGGUUCAUCUUAUAGAUAUUGGUCACUUUCUCUCCCUGUCAUGGCCAAUCUGUACAGACUGGGACGAACGCUUCUCUCAGAUCAGCCUGACAACAAUGCCAGCUAUCUUUUCGAUAAAAAGUCAUUCUUCACCGCGAAGGCGUUGAAUAUGGCCAUCCCUGGUGGACCAAAAUUCGAGCCUCUGUACCGCGACAUGGAUGCGUUUGACGAAGAUUGGAAUGAAUUCAACGACAUAAACAAAGUCAUUAUUCGGCAACAAAUUCGCACCGAGUACAAAGUCGCUUUCCCUCAUCUGUACAACUCACUACCCCGGUCCGUUCAUCUAUCACCUUAUCAUGUAGCCAAAAACGUGUACAUCCGUACGGAUGACCCCGACCUUCCAGCAUUUUACUUCGACCCUCUCAUCAAUCCUAUCUCGCUGCGAGGAUUUACACCAAAGAACGCACCUUUAGUUUCUCACGAAGAUGUCAUUUUUGGUCCCAACGGGGCUGAAGACGAUGAUUUUGAGCUUCCUGAAGACGUGAAGCCAUUCCUCGAAGAAAAACCUUUGGAGAAUGACUUAACUGCCGACGGUAUUGCUCUGUGGUGGGCUCCAGAACCGUACAACCGUCGUUCAGGUCGGAUGAGACGUGCGCAGGACAUUCCAUUGGUUAAGGGUUGGUAUCUUGAACAUUGUCCACCGAAUCAACCGGUAAAAGUUCGCGUGUCGUAUCAGAAGCUUCUCAAAUGUUACGUUUUAAAUGAGCUCAAAUCAAGGCCGGAUAAAGCUAUGACGAAGAAGAACCUUUUCCGCCAGUUGAAAGCUACAAAAUUCUUUCAGACUACCAAGUUGGACUGGGUUGAAGCAGGCUUGCAAGUUUGUAGGCAAGGUUACAAUAUGUUGAACUUAUUAAUCCACCGCAAGAACUUGAACUACUUACAUCUGGAUUAUAACAUGAAUCUCAAGCCUGUCAAGACAUUGACCACCAAGGAGCGGAAGAAGUCUCGCUUUGGAAAUGCUUUCCAUCUUUGUCGCGAAAUCUUGCGCCUUACAAAGCUUGUUGUGGAUGCUCAUGUUCAAUUCCGUUUGGGCAAUGUCGAUGCCUUCCAGCUGGCCGAUGCUUUGCAGUAUAUCUUCGGGCAUAUAGGUGCUUUAACAGGCAUGUAUCGUUAUAAGUACAAGCUCAUGAGGCAAGUUCGGAUGACAAAGGACUUGAAGCAUUUGAUUUACUAUCGCUUCAAUACUGGCCCCGUCGGCAAAGGCCCUGGUUGCGGUUUCUGGGCACCAGGUUGGCGUGUUUGGUUGUUCUUCAUGCGAGGAAUUGUACCUCUUCUAGAGCGAUGGCUUGGCAAUUUACUUGCCCGUCAGUUCGAAGGACGUAAUAGUAAAGGCAUUGCCAAGACCGUGACCAAGCAGCGUGUAGAAUCUCAUUACGAUCUGGAGCUACGUGCUGCAGUGAUGCAUGACAUAUUGGACAUGAUGCCGGAAUCCAUCAAGCAGAAUAAGUCGAAAACAAUUCUGCAGCAUUUGUCGGAAGCUUGGAGGUGUUGGAAAGCGAACAUCCCUUGGAAGGUACCUGGUAUGCCUACUGCCAUUGAAAAUAUCAUUUUGCGGUACAUCAAAAGCAAGGCUGAUUGGUGGUGCUCUGUUGCUCAUUACAACCGUGAACGUAUAAGGCGUGGUGCGACAGUUGACAAGGCUGUUGUUAAGAAGAACCUUGGUCGACUGACUCGUUUGUAUCUGAAGGCAGAACAGGAGCGACAGCACGGUUAUCUCAAAGAUGGGCCAUACAUCAGUGCGGAAGAGGCCGUGGCUAUAUACACAGCUACUGUGCACUGGCUGGAAAGUCGCAAAUUUGCUCCCAUCCCAUUCCCUCCCUUGUCUUAUAAACAUGACACGAAAUUAUUGGUAUUGGCAUUGGAGAAACUUAAAGAAGCUUAUUCUGUUAAAGGUCGCCUUAACCAGUCACAGCGUGAGGAAUUGGCCCUCAUCGAGCAGGCUUAUGACAAUCCUCACGAGUGUCUUUCACGCAUCAAGCGAUUGCUGCUUACUCAACGUGCUUUCAAGGAAUCGGGGAUCGAGUUCUUUGAUACCUACGACAAGCUCAUCCCAUGUUACGACAUCGAACCUGUUGAGAAGAUCACUGAUGCUUAUUUGGAUCAAUUCUUGUUCUUUGAGGCUGAUAAGAGAGGACUGUUCCCUGCUUGGAUUAAACCAGCCGAUACUGAACCUCCUCCACUUUUGGUGUAUAAGUGGUGUCAAGGUAUCAAUAACUUGACUGAUAUUUGGGAAACGAAUGAAGGCGCAUGCAAUGUGAUGAUGGAGACGGUGCUGUCUAAGGUUUACGAAAAGAUUGAUUUGACACUAUUGAAUCGUUUACUUCGUCUUAUUCUCGACCAUAACUUGGCGGAUUAUAUCACUGCUAAAAACAACACUGUUUUGACAUACAAAGAUAUGGCUCAUACAAACGCUUUUGGUCUCAUUCGUGGUCUGCAGUUCUCAGCAUUCGUCUUCCAGUAUUACGGUCUCGUCCUUGAUCUGCUUAUCUUGGGCCUGCAACGAGCCAGCGAAAUGGCAGGACCCCCACAGAUGCCGAACAAUUUCCUGCAGUAUCGUGACUCAGCUACGGAGACCCGUCACCCCAUUCGUCUAUACUCUCGCUACGUCGACAGGCUUCAUAUCCUGUUCCGUUUCACUGCAGAUGAAGCUCGUGACCUCAUUCAGAGGUAUCUCAGUGCCAACCCUGAUCCAACCAACAACAACGUGAUCGGAUACAAUAACAAGCGCUGCUGGCCUCGAGACUGUCGCAUGAGGCUUAUCAAACAUGAUGUCAAUCUUGGCCGAGCUGUCUUUUGGAAUGUUAAGCAAAGUUUACCGAGGUCUUUGACAACCAUCGAGUGGGAAGAUACUUUUGUCAGCGUGUACUCGCAAAACAACCCCCAAUUACUUUUCUCGAUGUGCGGCUUCGAGGUCCGCAUUCUUCCAAAGAUCAGGACUAUGGGGGGAGAGCAGUUCUCUUUGAAGGACGCUGUAUGGAACUUGACUAACGAACAGUCAAAGGAGCGCACAGCUCAAGCAUUUUUACGUGUUUCUGAUGAUGGUGUCCAGCAAUUCAAUAAUCGUAUUAGGCAGGUAUUAAUGAGUUCCGGUUCUACGACAUUCUCGAAGAUCGUGAACAAAUGGAAUACGGCUCUUAUCGGUCUUAUGACGUAUUAUCGGGAGGCAGUAAUCCAUACCAACGAAUUAUUGGAUUCACUGGUGAAAGCCGAGAACAAGAUUCAGACGCGUGUCAAGAUAGGUUUGAACAGUAAGAUGCCGUCGCGUUUCCCUCCAGUCGUGUUUUACACGCCUAAGGAACUCGGCGGUUUGGGAAUGCUUUCUAUGGGGCAUGUUUUGAUUCCUCAAAGUGACUUACGGUGGUCGAAACAAACAGAUGUCGGAGUAACCCAUUUCCGAGCCGGAAUGACGCAUGAAGAAGACCAAUUAAUCCCCAAUCUAUACCGUUAUCUUCAGCCAUGGGAAGCUGAAUUUUUGGAUUCGGCUCGUGUCUGGUCAGAAUAUUCCAUGAAGAGGAAAGAAGCGAAUGCUCAAAAUCGACGGCUCACACUCGAGGAUCUUGAAGAUAGCUGGGAUCGCGGUAUUCCACGUAUCAACACGCUCUUCCAAAAAGACCGUCAUACUCUGGCGUACGACCGUGGUUGGCGUGUAAGGACAGAUUGGAAGCAGUAUCAAUUGCUUAAACAUAAUCCAUUCUGGUGGACCUCGCAACGUCAUGAUGGUAAACUAUGGCAGCUCAACAACUACCGAGUAGAUGUCAUUGCAGCAUUGGGUGGUGUUGAGGGGAUUCUGGAACACACUCUCUUCAAGGGCACUUACUUCCCAACUUGGGAGGGUCUCUUCUGGGAGAAAGCUUCUGGUUUCGAAGAAUCUAUGCGAUACAAAAAGCUUACCAAUGCUCAGCGGUCUGGUCUUAAUCAAAUUCCUAAUCGUCGUUUCACCCUCUGGUGGAGUCCAACUAUCAACCGAGCCAACGUUUACGUCGGUUUCCAAGUGCAGCUUGAUUUGACUGGUAUUUUUAUGCAUGGUAAAAUUCCCACUUUGAAAAUCAGUUUGAUUCAGAUCUUCCGUGCGCAUUUGUGGCAGAAGAUUCACGAGAGUGUGGUCAUGGAUUUGUGUCAAGUAUUUGACCAAGAACUGGAGCCACUACAAAUCGAGACAGUUCAGAAGGAGACCAUUCACCCUCGUAAGAGUUACAAGAUGAAUUCUUCUUGUGCAGACAUUCUGCUCUUUUCUGCCUACAAGUGGAACAUAUCGCGUCCUUCGUUGGUAACUGACACUAAGGACGUCCUUGAUGGCACGACAAGCAACAAGUACUGGAUUGAUGUUCAAUUGCGGUGGGGUGACUUCGAUACUCAUGAUAUUGAGCGGUAUACGCGGGCAAAAUUCUUGGACUAUGUCUCCGAUUCCAUGAGCAUUUACCCAUCUCCUACAGGAGUCAUGAUUGGAAUGGAUUUGGCUUACAACCUGUGGUCCGCCUACGGCAACUGGUUCCCUGGGAUGAAACCCCUUAUCCAACAGGCUAUGGCUAAGAUCAUGAAAGCCAAUCCCGCUUGUCACGUAUUACGUGAGCGUAUUCGGAAAGGUCUUCAGCUUUACUCCUCGGAGCCCACAGAACCGUAUCUGAACAGCCAAAACUACUCAGAGUUAUUCUCUAACCAAAUUAUCUGGUUCGUGGACGACACCAAUGUGUACCGUGUGACGAUUCACAAAACUUUCGAGGGUAAUCUGACGACCAAGCCCAUCAAUGGUGCCAUCUUCAUUUUCAACCCUCGCUCUGGUCAACUGUUCUUGAAAGUCAUUCAUACCAGUGUUUGGGCUGGACAGAAGCGUCUUGGGCAGCUUGCGAAGUGGAAGACCGCCGAAGAAGUCGCCGCUCUCGUUCGCUCAUUACCUGUUGAAGAACAGCCCAAACAAGUCAUAGUUACCAGAAAGGGCAUGUUGGACCCUCUUGAGGUGCACUUGUUAGAUUUCCCCAACAUCGUCAUCAAGGGUAGCGAACUCCAACUGCCUUUCCAAGCUUGUAUGAAGAUGGAGAAAUUUGGAGACUUGAUUCUUCGCGCUACGCAACCGCAGAUGGUGUUGUUUAGUCUUUACGACGACUGGCUAAAAUCCAUAUCCAGCUAUACUGCCUUCUCUCGUCUGAUUCUCCUGCUUCGAGGCCUACACGUAAACAACGAAAAAGCGAAGAUCAUAUUACAUCCUGAUAAAUCUACCAUCACGGAGCCGCAUUUUGUCUGGCCUUCAUUAGGUGAUGAAGAGUGGAUUAAGGUCGAAGUCGCUAUGAAAGAUCUGAUUUUGGCUGAUUUCGGUAAACGGAACAGCGUCAAUAUCGCGUCCUUAACGUCCAGUGAAAUACGAGACAUCAUCCUGGGACAAGAAAUUGCAGCCCCCUCAGUGCAGCGGCAGCAAAUGGCGGAACUCGAGAAGAGUACCGAGGCACAAAGUCAAGUUACCGCAAUUCAGACACAAACAACAGGUGUUCACGGUGACACCAUUCAAACUGUGACAACCACCAACUAUGAACAGCAGGUAUUCAGUAGCAAGUCUGACUGGCGUGUGCGAGCAAUCUCGGCUACACAUCUUCCCCUUCGCCUUCAGCAUAUCUAUGUCUCGAAUGACGAUGUCAAAGACGAUGCUGCCUCAUUCACAUACGUUCUUCCAAAGAAUAUACUACGAGCAUUCAUCAGCGCUGCUGACCUACGUACUCAAGUUGCAGCUUUCUUAUAUGGUGUCUCACCACCUGACAAUAAGCAAGUAAAAGAAAUCAAGGCUGUGGCUUGGGCGCCUCAAAGAGGCAGUAACAAUAGUGUUGAACUGCCAUCUCAACUACCAAAGGACGAUUUCCUUCUGAAAGAUCUUGAGCCUCUUGGAUGGAUUAAGACGCAAGCCCUUGAACUGCCACAUUUGUCACCAACGGAUGUCACCACUCAAGCAAAGUUGAUGGCCGAUCAUCCAGAAUGGGGCUCGUCAUCGAUUUGUAUCACGGCAUCUUUCACUCCUGGAUCUGUUUCUCUCUCUGCGCAUUCGAUUACGGUUCCUGGAUUCGAGUGGGGAAGGAAGAAUGUGGACAAUUCAGCAAAUCCUCCUGGUUUUAAUCCUAACAUGUCGGAACGUGUACAGUUGCUCCUCUCUGACCGAGUUUUGGGCAUGACACUAGUCCCAGAGGGCAGGAUUUGGAAUUACGGCAUCGGUCUUACACAACUAUGGGCUCCUUCUUUGAGCUACUCGAUGACACUGGAUACACCUCUUCUUUUCUGGGCUGAGGAACACCGACCUGCGGCUUUCUUGACUUUCGCUAACAUGGAGGGCGAUGACAGUGCUGAUGUUGAAAAUAGCUUUGCAUAAUGUAUCCUUUCCUACCUUUUCUCCUCAUCAGACUUGUAUCUUAUAUGUAGAAUUAGUUAUUACCUUUCAAUGACGUGUGCAAUGAACGUUUAAAAG